CCUGCCUCUGGCCCUGCCUCUCCCCCGCCCCUGCCCCUCCCCCGACCCCUGCUCCUCUUGCUUUUCUCCUCCCUUCCCCCGCCUGCUUCUGUCUCUCGUCUCCGUUGCCUGGGUUUGUUCCCGCGGAGGGCCAGUCUGUUUAGUGGCACCCUGAGGCAUUGCCUUUCUCCCUCCCUGUCUCUUUCUCUCCCUCUCUCCCUCUCCCCCUCGCUUUCUUCUCCCCGCCGUCUGUUGUCCAGUCAGCGCUCGUUCAUCCGGUUGUUCACAGGGCACAAUGAGGCGACGCUUUAAAAGCGCCUUCCCGGUGAACCGCAUCAAGCGGAUCAUGCAGCAGGACGAUGAAGUUGGCAAGGUGUCCCUUGCGGCUCCGAUGCUUGUCUCCAAGGCACUUGAGGUCCUCAUGCGGGAACUGUUGCGCGGUGCCCUUGGCGAUGCGCGCCAAUCCGGCGCCAAGCGCAUCCAGACCGUCCAUUUUAAACGGGCCGUCCUCUCCCGGACCGAAUUCGAUUUUCUCAAGAGCACAGUCGAGGCGAUCCCCGACGCAGACCCCCCGGCCGGCGAACUGCUCACCAUGGACCAGCUAAAUGCCCUGCUGGAGGCCGAGACCAGUGGCACCCUGUCCGGGCGUUUCCUGGACACCAGCUAUGGCGGUGCCUGUGGCAGCACCCCGACGACCGAUGGUGGGGGAUCCGAUUCCGGCCUGGCGACUGGGGGACCCGAUGGCGAUGAGGGCGCUCCCCUGGCGGCGGUGUCCAGUUCGCCGGUCCUUCCCUCGUCUCCGAUUGCCAGCUCGGAGCCGGCUGCCGCGAAGGCCCGUGGGCGGCGGUCGGCGGCCGGUGGCCGUGUCGCCGCUGCCGGCCCCUCCGCCGUACCUAGUAGCCCACCGCCCCCCCAGGCGAAUCCUCUGCUGUCCUUUGGCCGGUCGCCACUGACCGCGGCCUUGAGCCGGGGGCCUGCGCGCGCUGCCGGGCCAGCCGGCUCGACGCCAGGGUCAACCCCCGUGCCGACGCCCGUCCCAGCCCCUGUGCUCACGCCGGCCUCGGGCCCUGGUACUGCUGCCUCGAAGGAGCCGCCGACCGUCCUGCCGGUGGUUUGUCCCUCGCCCUCGCCCUCGCCCUCGCCGGCCGCCUCGGCCGGGGUGUCGCCCGGCAUUUCGCCCUCGCAAUCGCAAGGCAGCCUGAUGGCCGACAGCGGAGUGUCCGGGGGCCGGCGUGUGUCGAUGCGUGUGGCCGCGCGCAAUGCCGCGGCCCUUGCGGCGGCGCCUCCCACUCCUUCACCCACGAAGCCCAGCGCUUCUCCCUCCUCACAGCCUGCAGUGGUGGCGCCGGCGGCGAUGGUCUCCUCGCCGCGGAAACGCCAACGCACUGGAGCGGCGUCCUCGCAGGCGGCAUCCUCCGCCUCCGAAUCGAAUGCCGUCCUGGCCACGGGUGCUGACUCGUCGCCGGCCCCGGCGGCGACGGCGCCAGUGGCGGCAACCGCCGCCACCCCGGUCUCGAUACAGCUGGUGCCGGUGCCUGCCCUGGCGCCGGUUGCUGUCACCCCGGCCCCUGCGCCGCCCUCCGGGCCGGUGGGCCUGACGCCGGUGCCCCUGCUGGCGCCCAACCCGGCCGGCCUCCUCCUCAGCCAAGCAGCCAGUGCCACUUCGUCGUUGGUCAACCUGGACGAAGAGGAUUACGAUGACUUCUAGAGCAAAAAUGAAAGCCCCCCCCUGCCA